CAUCGUACCAGACUCGGUGGAGCAGACCGAUCUCAGCAACCCUGAAAAGGCACGGAGAUUUAGAUAUACAUUUGACGAGAGCGCAAAGGCCAACGCCGGAUGGAGGACUGAGGAGCUAUGGCCUUAGAAGCGCUGCGAAUAGGUGUUUAUGAGUACGCAUGAACGGACAAUCGAAAACAAAUUGGCAACCGAAUGUUCGAAACAAUACCACAGAGUUCCCUGAUGUUAUUCGAUUCCUUCGUAGGGCCGAGUGUAUGCAUUGUUGUUGUGUAACUCGUUUGUCGCAGCGACCCUUGCUCGCUGCACAUGCAUGGUUUCGAUGCAGUCUUCCCCACAACGUGGCUCAGGUCGGCGACCACGACCGUGGCCCUUGUUGGUUUGAACAGUCGCCUAAAGGUUGCAAAUUUGUUGAGCGUGCUUCAAAUCGGAACGUGGGAUUUUCUGGCUCAACAUUAGUUCCAUCGAACAAGCUGCUCGCUGCACAUUUCUUCGUGUUCAAGUACGUUGGAUCAGACUUGGACGCGAGUUUCGUGAGUCACAGCGUUCUGGUCUGACGACAUCAGAAAAGCAGAGGUGCGAAACGAAACGUGUGUUGAGCAGGCCCCUUAUCCGCAUACUAUUUCUGUCGCGUGGUUACCCCAACGGGAAAUCGAUGCGUAAAGAAUCGUCGGCAGCCUAGGAUGAUCCCGGAACGCUAAUCUAAAUAAUGCUACGUGUGUUAACGUUCACGCUACAGCUGUUUGUGUGGUAAACUUCGACAGUUGGAGAUCCACUGGCAUUG